UUAUUAUUAUUAUUAUCAUUAUUAUUAUUAUUAUUAUUAUCUUUAUUAUUUUUAUCAUAUAAGAAUCUUCCAGAAUUCGCAGGUGAAUGUUUAGCCUUAUCUUUUAUCGCUGAACUAAACUUGUUUUUGCACUUGUUUAUUUCAACAUUAUUUUCUUGGUAUUCUCUAGAUUUGUGUCGAUAAUCAAGUUUGUUGCUCGUUGGUUUGUGGUUAAAGUAUCGUCGUUUGGCCUUAUAAAAGGUUUUACGUUUUUCCCUACAUUCUGUCCCAAAACAAGGUUUAUAAGUUGGUUUUAUGCUUGGCUGGCUACGGGGUGAGUGUCGUUCAUCAAAGGUUGCACCUCAACAAAUACAUGAGCACGAGCAACGACUGAAGCUACCGGAUCACAUGUUGUAACUCGUUGUCUGAUUCAGCUACUUCAGAUGAGCAACGUUUCACGUCAGUAGGGUCCGAUUGCACGCAAUUUGCCAGUUCACCGUGACUGAGGCGCUAACGCUUUAAUUGGCAUUCUGGACAAGCUAGAGGUACUGUGAACCUAUUUACACACAGAAUCCUCACAGUGAGCUUUAUCAAUGGGCUCCAGGGAGAAACAUAUGGUAAUCCAUUAUACCCACCAGGUUAAAAAGGAUCAUUUCAUUGUGUCAAAUUGGGGUAAAUGAUGUCAAAUAAACAUUUAUAACAAAUACAAUCAAAAGAUGUGAUUAAAAAGACCCUAAGUAAAGUGUCAUAGCCAGAGUCACCGUUAUUGCAAGAACAUGGGGUUUUUUUUAUUUCAAGGGUUGAAUUAUAUAUAUGUUCCUUUGGUUUUAUUAUUUUCUUGACUUUGUGUUUACAGACCCAAACAUUUGCAUCCAUAUGACAUGUUAAAUGCAUGUUUCUUCUGAUCUUUAGUGUGUUUUUAGCGUUUAUCGACUGUUAAUGCAAUGAUAAAUAGUACAACUAGGACAAUUUUGCUUUAUUGACAUAUACAAAUAUCGUAAGGUAGGUACGUGUUCUAAAAUCUCAUUUUGACGAAAAAGAGGCAUAUCCUUUGUUGCAUAGACAAUGAUACAACUCUUGUGUUUAUGUACGUAAUUUUGAUGGAGAUGAAAAAUAUACUUCAUCUUCUACAAGGUAUUUGGUGAAAGGAAAUUGGGAUUCUUCAAGUGGGCUAUCCUCGCAUGUGUGGCAGUAUCAGCUGGAGGGAUUGCUAACAUUAACAUCUUCAUUUUCAGCAGAACGUACUUUGUUGGAGGACGUGAUGGACUGUUUCCUCGGUUCAUUAGCAUGAUCAACGUACAGAGAAGGACUCCACAACCUUCCAUUCUUUUGAUGUUGAUACUGGCGACAAUCUACAUGUGUCUGGGAGAUAUCAAGUCUGUGCUGGGAGCCUAUUCUUUCUUCAAGGCUGGAGGGGAGUGUGUAGCAAUCGCGGGAAUAUUCAUCAUACGCCGGAGGCAUCCAAUCAAUGGCAAUACGUUCAAGGUCCACUGGUUGUUCCCCGCCAUCUACGUUGUGUUCUUCCUGCUGCUGUCUGUCACAGCCAUCGUCUUCGACUCACGCAAGUUCUUGCCCCCCCUUUUCUUCAUGCUGCUGGGUGUCCCCUUCUACUACAUGUCCAAGAGUCGCUGGUGGCAGAGGGGGCAUCUGGCCACGGUCAAUAAAUGGAUCACAUUGAUUUGUCAUCGCCUGCUUCUGUGUGAACACGCCAACAAAGAUGUAGUGUGAAGGAAGCUUCAACGUGAGUGUAACAAUUGUGAAGACAUUGUUGACACCAGGAGUUCGUAAAAGGCAUGAGGACACACAUUCCUUCCAGUUAAUUACUCGUGGUUGUUUGCCUGCUGCUGUAGUGGCUAUUCUAUUUCACUAAAAUAUUAGUUAUAUUGAUUGCAGUGGUAAAUUUCAGACUUGGCAAAACCACAUCAAGAAGCUGAACUGAAGCUUCAGAUAUAACGAUGAUCUGAUAAUGUUCAAUAAUGGUAAAAUAGCCAUUGAUUUACCCACCUGAACCUGCAAAUAAAAGAGACCAGCGAAAGCCCCACAAAUGAUUUAUGCAUAUAGAUUCAGAAUAAAAAAAUACUAUCCACAAAACUGUAUGACAAGAUUGAUGACUACAACUUUCCAAUAGUCAACUUCUGCAGUAGUCAAGCAAUAUUCAUGCAGAUACAGCCUUUGAUGUCUGCAUUUCAAAACGUUUGACGUACAAUCGAGCAUAAUCUUCCUCUACGAAGAUUUCAAAGAGAGUCAAGCGAUUCUUGUUGUUUGGUCAGGGUUAGAACAAUCAAGGCCAACUUUUCAAAACAUUUUAUGGCAGACACGUGGAGGACAUUUCAACUCUAUAUUGGUGGAAAGCUCCUGUUUGAGAGUGAUUCAUAAACACAAGCUUAUGAUAUAGUUGGAAUCGUACAGUGGACUGAAACAGCCACUGUAUGAAAUAUCAUUUCGUU